UGGCAGAAUCAGGAAAUACAGUGCUGCUAUAUAAGCUAACUCUCAACAGAAUCUCCAAACAUUGUGGCCGCACCUGUAGUGUGAGAACAGGAGAAUCACAUUGAUUGCUGAAUCCACUGACACAAGAGAAGGAACAAAAAGUGUUGUGGAACAAUGAAAGCUUGUCAGUGCAUCCUGCUACUCUUUAGCUGCCUGUUCCUCGAUACUCUAGCUUUGGAGUGUGAAGGGAUUCCUGGCAACCUGAAGCAGAUUGAUGCUGGGAUAGGGGUAGUGGGUGGGGUGAACAAUGACAAUGAAGUGUUCCUGUUGCUGGGGAAUGGUUUUACAAGGAUAAAUGUAACAAUGAAGCACUUUACGGUUGGACCUGCUGGAGAACUUGCAGUGAAUUUAUCAAACAGCGUCUUUAAGUUUCAGAGUGGCAAAUUCAGCUCGAUUCCAGUCACUUUUAAACAGGUGGAUGCUGGAGGUGACCAGAUUAUUGUAGGUGUUACUCCGCUAGAUGACGUCUUCUGCUUAAAUAAGGAUGCUAACAACAUCGGGCCAUCCAGCAAUUUCCCUUGGGUACAACUUGCAGGAAAGCUGAAGUACUACAGCUGUGGCCCAUACAGCUGUUGGGGAGUGAACUCUGCAGGGAAUAUCCUCAUCAGAAGGUUUGUAACUGGUACUAACUGUGGAGGGGCGAGUUUCUUUGAUGUAAUUUCUGGAAGUAUGUCCAUGGUUGAAGUGGCAACUGAUGGCAGCGUCUAUGCUGUUGACACUCAGGGGUCUUUACUGCAGAGAACUGGUGUCUCUUCAUCGAAUCCCAUUGGCACAGGUUGGUUAGGUUUUCUUGUGUGUCCCAACGGCCACAAGCAUGUGACUUUUGAUCUGGGAAGGCUGUAUGUCAUCUGUAGUGAUGGAUCCAUCAAGAGAUGCAUUUAAAUGUCCAACAGAGGAGCUCAACUAUCAUUAACAGAAAAUUGAAAAUGAAACUUGUUUUUCCUGUCUUUCCUUUGUUACAUUUAUUUGUUGUCGAUCAAAUAAAGCGUUUUGAUUUAUGCUUUAUUAUUUUUAAAGUGUCAAUGAAGAAUUGUUACAUAAUCAAUUUCUUUAUAAUCAAUAAUUACUGGAACUCAUUCACAUGUUUAAAUAAAUUCACAUUUGGGGAAAAUG